AAUUUAUUAUUGUAGUAAAACGCGUAAAUACUUUCAGUUUCUCAUCAACAUUCUCUAAUCCUUCUGUUAACCAAGUGACUCGAGUUUCUAUGAAGCGAGUUGUGUUGUUGGGUGUCUUUCAGGAAUUAUUCUAGUUUCUAUUCAAAUUUAAAUUGUUCGCAGAUUGCCGUUGAUUGUUUGAGAAUGAGCGUUUGCUCCUAUGAAGGAAGCGAACCUUUCCCAUCUAUCUCCAUGUGUUCUCUAAUGUCGUUUAUCUUCCUAUUGUAUUAUAGUCUUAGGCUAUAUAUACUUCUCCUAAUCAGAUAUGAUUUGGCGCAGGCAACAACGGAUAUGAUUGUGGGUUCUUUCUUCGGCGACAUUUGAUAGAUGUCGAACUUAUAAUUUAAUUUUGAAGAGUUGUCUUUGUUGUCAGUUUUAAAAACCUGAACAUUCAACUGAUCCUCAGAAGAAAAGAAUGUGUGCAUAGCGCUGAAGGUCCGUUUUAGUGUAUCGAGAAAAAACUAGAUUAAACAUCCUUCAAGCCAAUAUGAACAUAAAAGUGAGGUUCCCAAAACCAGUGCUAAUUCGCAUUCUGUAUUCCCUGCUGUGUAGGCCGAUUUCAACAUCAUCAAGGGAGUUAACCUGAUUGGAUGCAGAGACGAAAAUGAUGUCUGGCAUAACUCGAAGCUGUGUAUUUAAGAAUCAUGAAACUAUGGGUAACGAAUAAAAUGGUUGCUAUGGAACGCAUCUCCCAAUAUCUCAAUCUCCCUAGAGAAGCACCGGAGAAAACCGCAAACCUUGGAGGCGGUGCCUUCGCAGAAGGUGUUUCCGACGAAGGAUCCAUAAGAGUGUUAGUGAGCAAGGGUGAUGGGGGAACGGUGGCAGUGCGUGUUGAUGAGGAGCAGACAGUCGGGGAUUUGAAGAGCUUGGUGUUGCCGAGGAGUUGCGUUUGGGAUCAUGUGUAUUUAUCAUUCGCAGGCAGGCCCUUAGCCGAUGACGCUAGGUUGGUGGAUUGCGGAAUUGGGAAUUGGAGCAGUUUAGGGUUUGGGGUGAGAGUGCGUGGAGGUGGUGGAGAUGGGGGAGCCACGGGCGCUGAGUCGCGAGACUGCUACUUGAACAUGUACGCAUCGAAGAAGCCGGAUAAAGUUGACCCAAAUGAGAUCAAGUUGGCUAAGUUUACCAAUUGUGCGCUGUCAUCGGAGCCCCUGAAACCUCCAUGCGUGAUUGAUUUUCUUGGGAAUAUAUACAACAAGGAACCGGUAGUGCACGCGCUUCUGACGAAGUCGUUGCCGAAGAAAUUAGGGUAUAUUAAGGGGCUUAAGGACCUUAUUACUGUUCACUUCACUUCUAUUCCUGGGGUUAGCCCAGACGGGGAUAUCUCUGGAAGCAAGUUCCAAUGUCCAGUUACGGGUUUAGAAGUUAAUGGGAAAUUCAAGUUCUUCGCCCUGCGAAAGUGUGGUCAUGUGUUAAGUGCUCGGGCUUUGAAGGAAGUGUCGUCGGCGUCUUGCGCGGUUUGUUAUGUUCCGUUUACGGAGCUUGAAAAGAUCCCACUGAAUGGGUCCGAGGAUGAGGUUCGUUUAUUGCGGGAGAGAAUGGAAGCAGAAAAAUCGAUGAUUCAAGACAAGAAGCCGAAGAAGGUUAAGAAUGGGAAGCUGGACACAGUAGAGCAAAGUGCGGGGGACUCGUGCAAAUCGACAACAGAGGAAAGUCGAAAAUUAGCCAAAAGCUCCUUACACAGUGGCAAACGCAAAGGAGAAGUUUUUCCUGAUUUGGAGGUGGCACAAGUGAGGCCAAAAGGUUCAGAUCUGGUUGUCGUGACUAAGAAGUUCAAAGCAUCCGAUAAGUUGCCAGAAAAUGCAACAAAAUCUGUAUACGCUUCCAUCUUUACGUCAUCAAGCAAGGGGACAUUCAAAGAGACUUACUCUUGUCGUUCUUUGCCUCUUGGGAGAAACUGACGCGUGUAUUGUUGAGGUUCUUGUGUAUCAUAUUUUUAAGGUUUUCAGCUUGGUAGUUUAAUCUGGGAAAGUAGGAAUUGAGGUGUAUCUUGGUGUGCCGGAUCACAAGUGACCUGCGGAUACUGGCAUUAGGACAAAACACUGAUUCGUUGAGAAGCACUGAAGCAAAUUGCAGUGUGAUAGUCACACGUUUCUUCCGUUUGUAAUUUACAGCAAGAAAGAAAAGAAAAAGUCUGGUGAACGGUUACAUACAAUGUGAUAUUGCAAUUAAAAGCUGUGCCUACAUUUGUUGCGAAA